AUGAACCGAAUUGCAGUCUUCUCCUCGACAAUCCUACUGAUUCUGGCGUCACGAGUUGAGUCCUUUUCUCCAGCCAAUCCAUUGUCGAAGAAUGUUGAUUCCCGUCACAUAAUUCAUCAAGCCAAGGCUCCGGUCUUUGAUGAAGUCUGCGAUGUGACAGGAAUCACUCUGAAACGAUUCAUGUCCGAAGUCGUCUUGCUGAAUCCAGAACUCGGCGAAUUGGGAACUCUAUUUGGAGCCAUUGAUACUGCUUGCAAGGCUAUUUCAAAUUUGGUUAAACGAUCGCAGUUACCUAGUUCCGAGACUUUGGGAUACCAAGGAGAAGUUAAUAUUCAAGGAGAAGAUCAAAAGAAGUUGGAUGUGAUUACAAACGAUUUGCUAAAGAGAGCGCUAAGAUUUACAGGGCGAUUAGGUGUGCUGGCUUCUGAAGAAGAAGACGAGCCAUUGGAUUUGAUCAGUUCUCUGCCGAACGAAGCCAUCUUUUCCGACACAGAAAAGUAUGUUUGUGUCUUUGAUCCAUUGGAUGGGUCUUCCAACGUCGAUGCGGGGAUUCCUACUGGAACCAUCAUUGGUAUUUAUGAACACGACGAAACUUGUGCCAUUGAUUUCGACGAUUGUACAGACGAUGAAUGCUCCGAGCAAGAAGCUCAGUGCCUUGCCAACACAUUACAGGCCGGUAACAAUCUGGUGGCUGCCGCCUACUGCCUAUAUUCUUCUUCUACCUUUUUGGUAUUGACGCUCGGGGCGGGGACAUAUGGGUUUACUUUGGAUGAGAACUUGGGAGAGUUUAUAUUGAGUCACCCUGCUAUGAAGAUUCCUGAAACCUCGUCCAUCAUUUCCAUGAACGAGGCCAAUACCUUCAUGUGGGACCAGCCAUUGCAAGAUACAGUCAUGAAAUGGAAAAGGGGAGAAGGCAAAUCGGGCAACUCCUUUUCGAGUCGAUAUAUAGGCUCCAUGGUCGGUGACGUCCACAGAACGUUGCUCUAUGGGGGCAUCUUUGGAUAUCCAAGUGAUACCAAGAAUCCAAAUGGGAAAUUGCGACUCUUAUACGAAGGUGCUCCCAUGUCCUUCAUUGUGGAACAAGCUGGUGGAUUGGCAACUACUGGUAAGCAACGAGUGAUGGAAAUCACGCCCGACUAUGUCCAUCAACGAGUACCAAUCAUUUUGGGGUCAAAGAAUGAUGUACAAGAAGUGAUUGAUGCUUAUGAGAACGCAUCUGCGUCUGCUGUAGCGUAA